AUGGAUCCACAAACAUGCAAUGAAACCCCCGAGACGGACCACGGCCUGCCACCCCCGAUACCGGCCAUUUGGAAGCCCUUGGACGACGGCAGUUCACCCAAGGCGACGGACCAGUAUCUGCACCCUUGGUACGGCAAUGGCAGCAGGACCGGCGCGGCCGAGACGGGGGCGGAAGCAGACCGAGAGUUCCUCACGCUUGCGCUCCCGACUCCGGACACGCUUCCAACCUUCACUGCCCGGGACUGGACGGGUGAAAGCACGCCGAGGCCGCGCACGUUUAGUCUGCGGAGCACCAUCAGCCAUACGAGCUGGAAGAGCUGGAACAAUGACCGCCGGGUCGAUUCAGCCCAUCAGGGACCAAAUUCCGAGAGGAGGACCUUUUCCAUGCGCUCGCUGUCCCGGAGACUGUCCGUCGUCGAGACCCCCCCUCCAAAAGACCCGCCAGAAAAAGCCGCACCGCGGGAAGAUGCCGACUUCCUAUCGCUCCUGAAGGAAUCGAGGCUCACUCCGGACGCGGCAGCGGGGACCGCCAGACGGCGCAGACCAAAAAGCAUAGCGGUCCACGAAGCCGCCGGCACGUCCAACGUCUCCCUGGCCCUGUACCAACCCCACGAAGACGACUGGAAGAGACAGACAGAGCCCACCGACGGCACUGGGCUCGACGAAAAAUGCCUGGCCAGCGAGCUCAACGACGACAAGAUCCCCAUGAUACCUGAGGAGCAGCCGAUUGGCAGCACACCACCCCCCCUCACAACUUCGAACCUCCACACCCUCGGCACCAUCACUGCCGACUCCCUCCACCUGGCCAAAGACAAAGACCUGCCCGACCUCCCCCUGCCCGCGUACCCGCCCACCAGCGACACCGGCUCCUCCACCUUCUCCGCGACCCGCACCCGACGUCACGCCUCCAACACCAGAACCCCCCACCGCGGCUCCACCGCCGGCGCCGCCCACCACCACCGCCGCUCCCGCAGCUCCACCACCCACUUCUUCGGCCUCGUCCCACGCCGCCGCACCACCGUCACCGGCGCCAACCCCAACGCCGCCGCCACCGCCACUACCUCUACCCGCAACAACAACAACAACAACAACAACAACGAAGGCCGCCCGCCGGCCCCCUCCACCACCCCCCGCCGCGCCCCCACCAUCCUCUCCCGCGUCCCCACCCUCCUCCUCUCCCGCACCUCCACCCUCCGCACCCGCCGCUCCAGCACCUUCCCACUCAACCGCCACGCCUCCACCAAAACCAGGCCAGUCAAACCCGUCCCCCUCGCCACCAUCACCCGGCACUGCGGCGCGUCCGCCGCAUCCGACCAGAACGACAACGGCAACCCCAUCCGCGCGCAAGCCGAGCGCGUCGGCGCGUGGGUGUCGACGCAGCAAGAGCGCGGGCUCGUCGCGCAGUUCCGCGAGCAGGGGCGGCGGGACGAGUACGCGCGGGCGCGGGCGGAGGAGCGCGAGCGCCGGCGGAUGCGCGAGAUGGAGGAGGAGCGGGAGCGGGCGGGGUGCGCGCGGUGGCGGAUACGGCGGUGGCUUGUGAUGGGUGAGGAGGGGGGGGGCGAGGGCGAGCUGGGUGAGAUGGGUGAGAUGGGUGAGAUGGGCGGGGGCGGGGGUGGGGCUGGGGCUGGUGGCGAUGGGGGGAUGGCGGUGGUGGAUGGGAUGGUGGAGUGGCCGGAGGAGGGGAUUUGGGAUGGGUUUGUCGAUGGGGGGGAGGUGGGAUCGGUGGGGGAGGAGGACGAGGAGGAGUGGUAG